CUUUAUUAUUUAUUACUUUUAAUAAUUCACUCCAUAUUAAAUAUUAAUUUAUUUUAUACAUUCGUAAUAAUUUAUAUUUUAAAUAAAUAAAAAAAAAAUUAUCAUAUCAUUAAAAAUAUUAAUAUUAUUAUAAUAAUAAUAAAAAAAUAAAAAAAUGAUUAAAAAAAAUAUAAUUUUAAUAUUUAUUUUAUCAUUUUUAUUUUUAUUUGUGUCAUCUAAUUCAAAUUUAGACUCCACUGGCCAAGAAAUACCAAACAAUAGUUUAUCAAACCAAACUAUUCCAAAUAAUUCAAACUCCUCUAUAAAUCCAAAUCCAACUCCAACUCCAACUCCAACUCCAACCCCAACUCCAUCAUUCGAAACACCAUCGCCAACUACUCCCUAUGAAGAUGGCAAAAUGAAACUACUUGUAAACGUUUAUUCAAAUAUAAACUAUACUAUUGGAUCUCAAUGUGGCCAACCAGGACAACCAUGUAAAACUAUCUAUGAUGCAAUUAAAUCAUACAACGACUUUAAAAAACAAAACCAAGGUAUAGAUAUUACAAUGUUAGAAAUAUAUUUAGUAAGAGGCUUUUAUUUAAAAUCUUCAUUUGAAGAAGUUGCUACCAAUAUAAACUUGUAUGAUUUAAAUGUUAAUGUUUCAAUUAUUGGUGAAAGUUCUGGUGAAGUAAUUAUCCAAGGCAAUGAAGUAGUAAACCCAUUCAUCACAAUAAAGUCCAAAGAAAAUGAAAAAGUAGAAAACCGUAUAUUUGAAUUCCACAACUUAACCUUUGAAAACUGGAAUGAAAAAGAAAUGUUUAUUAUGGACACCCUAAACGAAAAGUUUGACCAAACCGCAGUAGGCUCCUCAAACCCAGUCUCCAAUUCUAGUAACGAUGGUGUUGUAAAGGUUAAAUUUUCAAAUAUUGAAAUUAGACAAACCAAUUCAAAUAAACAACUUGUUAUCGCUAAAGGUAGAAAUAACUCAUUAGAAGUUUUAUUCGAAAAGGUUUCGAUUGUAUACACAAAUAGUAUUAAUCAUAUCUAUUUAAAGGGUGCUAUUUUUAAAUUUGAUAGAUUAUCUGCCAAUUUCCUCAGAUCAUCCAAUGCUUUUGUCCAUUCAGAAAACUCUGUAGUUGUUGCUGUAAAUUCUCUUUUCAACUGUAUUACAUCCAAUAGUGGUGUCUUUUAUUCAUUAAACUCAUCUCUCGAAAUUAAUAAUUCCCAAUUUACCUCCAACUAUGGUACCUUUGCAUCUGUUAUCAACUACAUGGCUCAAGAUCAUAAACUCAAUGUCUCAGAUUGCCAUUUCGAAAGAAACCUUGUAAUUAAUAGUGGUGAAAAUGGUGGUAGCUCUAUAAUUAUGGUAAAGAGAGAAAGAGACGAAAAUAAAGAAAAAGCAGCAACAAGUCCAAAGAAAAGAGCAGAUGUCGUUAGAAAUAGCUCGAACAAAUCCUAUUUUUACAACUGUGUAUUCCAAAACAACAAUACCCCAAAAAAUCAAAACUCUGGUUUAAUCUUUGCAUUCAAUGUUCAAAUGUUUUUAGAUAAAUGUAAAUUCUUUACAGAUUCUCAAAAUGAUCAUGGACCAAAUAUUAUUUCCCGUUACUCUCAUUUCGAAUUAGAAAACUGUACAGUUAUUGAUAACAAAAUAGAACAUAACCAAAUAACUGCUUUCUAUGCCCAAUAUUCAUCAUUCAAAAUCAUCGCAACUACUAUUCAGCCCCAAAACGUACCACAUGUCUUCUGUGAAAGCUCCGUAUUUGAAUUAGACUAUAGAACUGACCUCAAUGCAUCACAAUUUGUUUGUAAUAAUAUUCACGAUAUUAAGUAUAACUCGUCUUAUAUCGAUAUGGAUGCAUCUAAAUUAAACUCUUACUAUUGUGAAAUAUUCCAAGUUGAAGAGGAAGGAAAUAAACCCACCAAGUUUAACGAAAUUUGCACCAACAAUCCAAGAUCAAAAUAUCAUUACGAAAUCAAAUUAACCAAAGCUAUUAUUGCCAUUAUCGUAAUUCUUUGCGCAUUCUUAACCGUAAUUCCAGUAUUUAUAUUAGUAAACAAAAUCUACAAAGCUUUAUACAAAGGAUACAGACCACACAACGACCACGCAGAUAUUGAAGAGUUUAAUAUUCAUCAUACUCCAGAUGGUGAUGAUUCAGAUGAUUCAGAUAGUGGUAGUAAUAAUAUAAACAACAACAAAUACCAAAAGAGCAAAUUAAUUGAUCAAAAACAAAAUCAAAUUAAUGAUGGUUUUCAUGAAGUUCUUUAUGACGAAGAAAUACCAUCAAAUAAAUCCCUCUUAGGUGGUCAUUCAGUUAAUUAAAAAAAAAAUUAAAUCAAUUAUAAAAACAAUAAUAAUAAAUAAUAAAUAAUAAAUAAUAAAUAAUAAAUAUUUAUUAUUUUUUUUUUUAAAUAAAUAAAUAUAGUAUUUUUAAUUAUAUUUUUC